AUGGCAUCACGACGACUUCAGGGAUUCCAGUCCGUCCUUCGUGGCAAGUCCCAUCUCUUGCGGCCCCAGCAGCGUCGCUGGGCCCAAGUUCACGAUGUCCGCUUCCUGGCCUCCCAUCAUGACCCUAAGCAUGUCCUGGAUAAGUACAGGAGUAAGUUGGACGAGAAGGCUAAACAGGAGGGCCUCGACUCUAUCGACGCCUUGAAAGAGGCCUACGGCGACAAAAUCAAGGACCUUCGCCGCAAAGCAGCCACUGCGGCCACCCCAGAACCAGAUGCGCCCACGCCAAAAGCCAAGUCCCAGUCUUUCCACGAUACCCCUCCAGCCUUCCACCCUCCCCCACCUCCUCAGACCCCAUCGGCCACCGAGCAAGCCGCCCGAGAAGUCUCCGGCAGUGGAAGCCCGAUCAAACCGCUCAGCACCUACCUCGAUGUCGAGAAGAUCCGCGACUUGCCUGCAAAGGAGAUCGAAGCCCUCUGGCGCCUUCGAUUCGCAAACAGCUCGACCUCCAUCUGUGCCGCGAUUCCUCUCGAAACCUACCUGCGCAUCGCCGAGGCCGCCCGUCACAACCCCCAAUUUAUCCUCCCUCUGCCUCGCCAGGCAGCCGAGGAGGAUAUGGAGACGCCGGAUGGAACACCGGCACAGACUGCUGCAGAGAUCCAUUUCCUCCAGUGGGCAUUCCACCCGGCCGCGGACGAUUUCGUCCCGACCUCCAAAGAGUCGGUCAACAACCACACUUCGACUGUGAUUUUCACCAAUCUCGGCGCAUUCAAGAUGCACGGUUCUUUCGCGCAACCGCACACUACUGUCACGCACCAUUUGGAUCUGGCUGAUGACAAGGGUCUGGUUCUCAUGCAUGGCCAGGUCAUGCCUGACCGGGGUGUUUCUACCGCCGAGGCCACCUGGUUGGUGAGUUCCGUGCAGCGCUUCUACGAUUUUGGGGGCCAGGCGAGUGGUCGCAAGGGCGAGUUGGUGCGGAUGUUUACGAGGGGCGAUGCGGAGAACUUUAAGGUGGAGGAGUUGAUGGAAGAGACGGAGAGAGUCCACUAG